AUCCUUGAUUACUUCUUUAAUCUUGUGACCUCAAUUGGGUAUUGUCUGAAUUGGUCGAUUACCAUAUGUAUCUGCGUUAAAAUUCUAUUCUUUGACUUAAGAAUUGAUUAAUCUGAAAUUAUAAUUACCCAAUUCUUGAUUUCCUGUUUGCCUUACAAUUGUGACCAUUGAGCUUCUUCAGCUGAUCAUUUGUGUUUGCUUUUCUACUGAGGUUCUAUUAAUAACAAAAAAAAAUUUCUAAUCCCAGGAAAUAUUUGAAGUUUUAGAAAUUGUAAUCUUUUCUCUGAGUUUAAUAAUUGCAUACAAAGAUAUUAAAGUUAACUACUGUAUUGGGCAUUCUUGAGUCUUGGAAUUAAAAGGGUCCAAAUGGAGUUGAAUGAAUAUUGAGGAUUCAUAUAGACGAUAAGAGUUGUUUGGAAUUAAGAAAGGGCAUUCACUCAUUCGGGGGGUUUCCUGAAGAGAGCGGGUGCCCAAUUCCAUUUGCUCGCUGAAGGUCUUUCCUUAGUUUUCGUUUGUUACUCCAAGUUCCAAUUGCCACAAGUUUUGCUUCCACAGUCUGGAUAUCGUGACAAUUGGGAUUGUCAAUGACACUUGAAAAGGUUUUUGUGGUACCAACAUAGGUUGAAAACGGUACCAUGGGCGCAGUUUGUUGCUGCUUACGAGACGAUUGUGAAGAUUUUGCCAAUCCAAACAGCUCAAUGUAUAGAAACUGUAUAUGCCUUGGAACUCUUGUUCAGAACUUCUUGCAUGUGUAUACAUCACUUUUCCAUAGAGGAGAACAACAUGUCAUUCCUUCAUCUGAUCAAGGUGCUGCAUCUUUGAGUUCUACAACAUCUCUUGAUGACUCAUUGUCUGACGUUUACCGUUCUCCUCCGAGACCACUUCCUUAUGAUGCUGAUCCAAGAUAUUUCCGCUUGCAACAAGAUGGACAAGUAUCGAGAAGGGAGAAAGGCUCAAGCCACUCACAUGAGGAAACUGAACCACUACAAAGAAGCUUUGAUGAUUCCGAAUCAUUAAGCGAUGUAAAUAAAUGGAGUCAGCCUACAUUUGAAGAAGGAUCAAAAGAAUACAACAAAUCGUCCGUUGAAUUCUCAACAGCUAAAAUGACUUCUGGAGAUGCUCAUUUCUAUUAUUAUUCAGAAGAUGAAGAUGUCUGCCCGACAUGUCUUGAAGAAUAUACCGAGGAAAACCCAAAAAUAAUGACAAAAUGCUCUCACCAUUUCCACCUGAGUUGUAUAUAUGAGUGGAUGGAAAGAAGUGACAGCUGUCCAGUUUGUGGCAAGGUGAUGGCAUUUGAUGAGACGACCUGAUCCUUGUUCAAGAAGUUACAGUUGAAAGUGAAACCAGCAGUAAUAAGGGAUUAUAAAACCAAAACAGAUGAAUUUGAAGUCUGUGUGAAUACCAUGUUGCUAAAUAUGUUAGCGUGUAUAGUAAAUACGAAAUAACUGAUAAACAUAUCCCUUAUUAAUGCUUGAGUUUCGAUAUUGUUAUGGUUUUCAAUUUAACUUUGUACUCCCAGUUGAGCGGAUUUACUAGAUAACUGAUGUAACAAGAACUAGUUCAAAGCUUCUUAUCAUGUUAUAAUAUUGCCAGGGUUCUGGUGAUGGUUCUUCCGUUGUAUA